ACCACGGCCAUCCGGCAGUAUUGAGCAAGCCCUCCCCUUCCCCGACGGGACGUUCCAGCUCGUACGAAUGGCGAUUCUAGCUCUUUGCAUCCCGCACGAGCAAUGAGAGCUCGUGCUGAACCAAGUCUGGCGGGUGCUGAGUGUUGAGGGAUGUCUCGUGUUCAUCGACGACCAUAUCCUCUUCCCGUAUGGCCAUCCAGCGAUCCUCACCACCCGGCCACUGCAUCUGGACACAAACAUUCCCUCGACGGCGUUCUCGCGCACCAGCUGGGGAAUGUGAUGGGAAGACAAGGCAACGACGGGGACAGCAUCACCUACAGCAUGGAAGAGGAGAGCUCUGAUACAGACACCAUUCGCAUGUCCCCAUGGAAGGCGCUUGGGAUAACCAGACCGCCGGCGCACGAAAGUUUGAGGACCUCUUCGAGAGCACGAUUAACGUCAAGUUCGGAAUCCACCUCCGACCGAGCGAGUUCGUGGUCGAGAAGACAGUGUGCGCCUUCAGUGGCGUGAAGGAGGUCACACUCAUGCAUUUGACCGUAGCCCCCGUGGCUGACGAGCACGACUCUGACGACGCGUUGGCCAAUUCGCCGGGGCCAACCCUUUGGCCGUCCACAUUCAUCCCCUCGAAACCUGGAGAAUUGGAGAUCCACGCGUCUGAAUACCAGCGGGUGCUGCUUUCAUGCAAGGCGGGGCUGAUCGACGAAUCGGCAGAGAUUCCAGACAUCAGCGAAGGGGGCACACAAAGCGACGCCGCGAAAAAGGCGCUGUGGGACUAUCAAAAACAGCUUCCUCCACGACCGCGUCAACCCACCACCACAGCUGCCAACACUGCCCAAAUUCACCGCCUUCAACGACACGGCCAGUGUGCGGGACUCGGCGUGGUCCGUCGCGAGCGGUGCAUCGGACGCCAUGCUUGUGUACCAAAACGAGCUGAACUCGCGCUAUGAGCUGUCCUCCCAGUCGUCGUCGUCCAUCUCCUUGCGGUCGUCAGCAGGAGAUCUCCCGCGCAUGAAGUCGAUGAAGGGGUCCCUAGACGUGGAUUCGGUAAACUCGAAGUCGCGGGGAAGAGAGGUUGCGCAUCAAAUCCGGCCCGGGACCGUAUGUAUGUUCCCAGAACUCAUCCGUAUUUACUUGCGCUCUCCCGUCUUGUUCAUGGAGGCUGCGCUGCCGCUAGAAUUGAUCGAGCUCAUACUCGCAUACGUCGAUGACUCGGGCCCGUCUCUGAACGCACUUGCUUCGUCUGCCCGGUCUUUCUGAGCCACUGUCUGCCAGCCCCGGAUCUUCCAUUGGCUAGUCGUCCAAGACGCUGCUUCUGGCUUUCGCGACGACUUCGCCCGCCUGGCCUUGCUUCUUGAGGUGUCCCCGAGGAUCUCCUUUUGUGAGGGGAGCCUGAAGCCGCCGCUCCCCAAAGUCACAUCCAAAACACAUGCCUUCUAUAACGUCGUGCGCGCGCUGAGGGAGGCUGGCUCGGUCACACGGUGUGUCGUAACGACUAGAGGGGACUCGACUGGUCGUGCCUGCCGCGCGUGGUGCGGGAUGAGAUUUCAGAACCGGACGCGGGCUCGCCUGCGUACACUCAACGCCUUUUGCGGCAUCACCAGGCCGCGCAGCUUUUUGCGCUCUCCUCUCAAUGCCGAUCGCACACCCUCAACAAGUCAGCUCAACAAUCGACUUUCGGCGACCGGAUCAGCGAACGAAACCGGGGAAAUCGAUCCGAGGGAGGUGGUGCAGGAGAGUCGGAUGGGUGGAUGGGGGCUAGGUCCACCAGUGCUUUCCUAAAGCCUGCCUCUCACCGUCCGCUCACACUACAUGCUGCACCGCAUACUGAUCAGAACUUCUCGAGCAUGCACUUUUCAUGCGCCCGAACUCGAACGUGCAACCUUAGCUACGAGUGACCAGCAGAGCUCCAUUCCAUUCUAUGAUAGUGGUUCCGUGGGAACAGAGAGGGGCUCGGAAUUCGGAUGGAGGGGGGUGGAGCGCUGGAAUAAUGCGGAUGAGGAGGUCUAUAGGUGAGUUCUUUUCUCCCCCCGACCUUCCACUGUCUGCAAACUCGACAUCCUGCCCUGUGUACCGCUGACAUCAGACGCGACGGAUUGUCAUUUCGACAUCAUGCGCCAACCCGCUCACAUCUCACGACACACCGAAGCGCACUGUAUUCAUUCGGACGUCACCAGGAUGUGCAGGAAGGGGGUAGAGUUUCGGGGCCGAUCUCGGGAUCACACACGGCACUACGAGCUCGCUCAACCGCACCACGCAGCAUGGGGCAGUCCGCCCAUUACCCUCCUUUGACACUCACUAGGAUGAGUCUCUUGUACCCCGAAAUCGGACGCUCUGUGUCACCUCACGCAACACCUCGCGGUUUUUGUUGUAUCGCAAACGGCGCAGCGGUCCGCUCUUCCAUCUGCCUUGUACCCAUUGCACAGCUCGAAUAGCAACGCCCAGCGCUCAAAAACGCAACGUGAAAAUGUAUUGGGGAGACCGGAAGGCAGAAGACAUGGAUGAAGAAGGGGUGGAGCGCUCUGAGAACUCGGAUGGGAGAGCAGUUCGCAGUCGUCGUGGGCCUUGGGAUCGGACGCGCGGUGACUUUUCGCACUACACAUGAUGGUUUCACAGCAUCGCCCAGACCGCGCAUCGACAAUCACCUCUCUGCAAGCUAAAAACGAUUGGGAAACUCCCUCAGGACACCCAGGACACCUCGAGGGAUGUCUCGUGGUGGUGGAGAGCAGUGAAUUAGAUGGGGUGUGUUUUAAGGAUGCGGAUCGAGUCCGAUGCCCAGUACACCACAUCACAUCAGUAACAACAUCACGGAAGGUUAGGGUUGGGCACAUCUUCCUACGCGCCGACCACGAUGGAGAAAGACCACUUUACGUUCACCGUGGGGAAAUUAGAUGCAGGCAUGGCUAUCCUUCUCGGCGAACGCGCCCACCUGAUCGAGUUCCCCUCCGUCCUACUUCCUCCCGGUGCGACCACUGGAUCCAUCGUCAACAUCUCCGUCCUACAGAACCACGCCGAAGAGAAGAGGAGAGAGGCCGCGUUUUGGGCGCUGCAGGAUGAGAUACUCGACGAGUUUGGAGUGCGUAUGCCUGAGCCACCGAAACUCCAGCUGCGCAAUGUGACACAGACGUCCGUGACCCUUGAGUGGCCCCCCAUCGAGCUGGCCACGGCCAAAUUGCGAUCGUUGGACCUCUACCGCAACGGGCAGCGCCUCGCACCAAUCCCGAACCCGGCAACCAAUACCUCCAGCAAGAUCUCGGGACUCGAGCUCGACACCGAGUACACAUUCCAGCUCAUCCUGCGCACGACCGCGGGAACAUUCCCCUCGCAGUUGCUUCGCGUACACACGCAUACCAUGACCGACACCUCUGGUGUGCGUGUAUGUUUCGGGACCGUCGAUGACGCAGGGCUCGUUGAGCAGGCGAAAGAAGCCCUGGAGCGCAUCGGCGCACGGUGGAGCGAGAAGAUCGAUAUUGACACAACGCACUUCGUAUGCACCACACCGAAUACGCAUACACCGACUGGCGUGCCUGAGGUCGAGUAUCAGCGAGCUGUGCAGCUGAGCAUACCCAUCGUCCAGCCGCAUUGGAUCUUUGCGUGCCAGUCUGAGCGUCGAUUAGUUCCCAUCGCGCUGUUCGGACUGGGAGCAACACCGCCUAACGCGCUACCCUCUCGGCGCCCACAGUCCAUGUCUGCCGCAUCUCCCACCCAACGCUCACCGGCCAGCGCAGCCGCUGUGCGACAGUCAAUGCCACCGACCGUAUCGCCCAUUGGCCAGCCUGCGACCUUCGUAGGGCAGUCGGUCAGCAAUACCCCACCACCAACCGUGCCGGUCGUCACUGUCGAAGAAGCUCAUUCGGAGGAUGAAGAAUCUGAUGUGGCUGAGCUGGAGGCAAAACGGCUCGCCCUCAUGGAGAAGCGGGCAAGCAAGACCGGGACGAUGAACAUGCAGUUCAAAUUCCCGCCUACGUCUCCGACAAGUCCCGGCCCUGAGGAUUCCGCUGCCGCGGAUGUGGCCGUUGAGCCGGAGAGUAUUGAGGUUCCGCCGCCGCCGGUCGUGGAGAAAGAGACAAUAUCUGCUGGUUUGAGGAGUGAGGGUGACGUUGAUGAUGAUCUGGGCGAGACGGAGGACAUCCCGUUGUAGUCAGUAACCUCUCUAACCCCUUUGCUUUCUCCUUCAGCCUUGGUGCUACUCUGAUCAUCACGCAUGUACUUUUCGUCUGGUGAUUGUGCUUCCCAGGGGAUGAUUCGGAGGACACGUCACGGGUAACAGCUUGCCUCCCUUGCUUCGAGCUCUGGUGGUGAUAUUGCGAUCCGUCAUUGAAGGUCGGGAAAGGAGCACUCCAUUUCGCGUCAAAACAAUAGACAUGGCUUCUUGGUGACUCUUCGUGGUUACUUCAUCGCGAAUGGGAAAACUGUCGAGGCCCAAAGCUAUGCGCCGCGACACGAUACUCUCACCUCCAGGUCACACCGCGCAACAAUGCUCUACAGCAGAAAUCUCCGGUCUACUACCGACGGUUGCGCCAGAAGUGAGUCCUCCUCUCUGGAGGCGAGAGGAGGUGCGGGACCACUUAUCCGCCAUCGUGAGCCAGUCGGGAACGAUGAAAAGGAUUUCUGAGGAAGCCUAGAUCCGACCAAGGCUCCGGAAGAGAUACCAACCUGCGGAUGUCAUUCACCGCACUAUGUAUAUUUCCCCUCCCAGAUGCGAUCCCGUUGCAAACGUGGAUCCUGACCUCAUUUCUCCACGAAAUUUUACGAAAAUUAUAUCCACAUGUAGCUUAAGGUCCCCUGGACCCUAUGUAUAUUUCCCCUCCC